AUGAAGAAAUCCCAGUUGAAUUGUGGCAGCAAGAUGGAGGCCGGGGUGAAGGAGUUCCUAGCCAAAGCCAAAGAAGACUUCCUGAAGAAAUGGGAGAACCUCUCCCAGAACACGGCCAGUUUGGAUCAGUUUGAGCGAAUCAAGACCCUGGGCACAGGCUCAUUUGGGAGGGUAUUGCUGGUGAAACACAAGGAGACUGGGAAUUAUUAUGCCAUGAAGGUCCUGGAGAAACAGAAGGUAGUGAAGCUCAAACAAAUUGAGCACACCCUCAAUGAGAAACGGAUCCUCCAGACCAUCAACUUUCCAUUACUCAUCAAACUAGAGUAUUCUUUCAAGGAUAACUCCAAUCUGUACAUGGAGAUGGAAUACAUCCCGGGCGGGGAAAUGUUCUCCCACCUACGGCGGAUCGGGAGGUUCAGUGAACCUCACGCCCGAUUCUAUGCUGCUCAGAUUGUCUUGACCUUUGAGUAUCUGCACUCGCUGGAUCUCAUCUACCGAGACCUGAAGCCUGAGAAUCUCCUGCUAGACCAGCAGGGCUACAUAGAGGUGACGGAUUUUGGUUUUGCCAAGCGAGUGAAAGGCCGAACCUGGACUCUGUGUGGGACCCCGGAAUACCUGGCCCCCGAAAUCAUCCUCAGAAAGGGUUAUAACAAGGCUGUGGACUGGUGGGCCCUUGGCGUCCUCAUCUACGAGAUGGCGGCUGGUUACCCCCCGUUCUUCGCAGACCAGCCCAUUCAGAUCUACGAGAAGAUUGUUUCUGGCAAGGUCCGGUUCCCGUCUCACUUCAGCUCGGACCUGAGGGACCUGCUCCGGAAUCUGCUGCAGGUGGACCUCACCAAACGCUUUGGCAACCUCAAGAACAGGGUCAAUGACGUUAAGAACCACAAAUGGUUUGCUACCACCGACUGGAUCGCCAUCUACCAGAGGAAGGUGGAAGCUCCCUUUGUACCAAAGUGCAAAGGCCCUGGUGACACGAGUAACUUUGACGACUAUGAGGAGGAGGAGAUCCGUGUCUCAACCACUGAGGAGUGCGCCAAGGAGUUUGCUGAGUUCUAG